AAAUCCGCUUAAGUCACGCACCUGACAUAGGCCAUUAUCUUAAAGGGCUAAAAUCACAUCUAGAUCUCACGAUCUGAUCAACUGAGGAUGUAGGCGAUUUUACCACGAGGAGAUGAAUUAGGCAAAAAAAACCCCAAUUUUGACAAAAAAUGACAUAGGCGAUUAUUAUAACAGCGUGACGAUAUUUAAACUACAGCCGGAUAUAGUCCUUUAAUGAUUUAUAGCUAUUUUUAAUCAAUGGCUUCCUGUGUGUAUUGAACCAUUGUGAAGUCAUGUCACUAGUGGAGUAUGGUGUGUGCGCGCGUGUGUGUGCGCGUGCGCGUGUGCGGUCCGUUAUUUUCCGGGUUGUGUCUCAUCGCUGGCGGUAGUUGCUCUGCUGCAGCCGCCAGCUGACAUUUGUGCUGAGGAGGGGAGGUCAAAUUUGACUGUCUCUCUCUCUCUCCCUCUCCCUCUCUCCGUGUCUGUCUGUCUGUCUGUCUGAGAGAGAGGCUACUAACUAGCGCAGAAUCAUCAUCAUCAUGGCGGAUCAAGGCGAAUCCCCGACUCCGGUCCUCCAGCCGCAACCAGCGCUGACAACCAGCUGGCCCAUUACCAGGGAGUCGUACGAGCUGCAGGAAGUCAUAGGCAGCGGGGCCACAGCUGUGGUGCAGGCAGCCCUCUGUACCCCCAGACAGGAGCGAGUCGCCAUAAAGAGAAUAAACCUGGAGAAAUGCCAGACCAGCAUGGAUGAGCUAUUGAAAGAAAUCCAAGCAAUGAGCCAGUGCAACCAUCCUAACGUUGUUACCUACUAUACCUCCUUUGUGGUGAAGGAUGAACUGUGGUUAGUCAUGAAGCUUCUGAGUGGAGGCUCUAUGCUGGAUAUAAUUAAGCACACAAACAAAGAAGAGGACAGAAAUCGAGCGCUAGAUGAGCCUAUUAUUGCUACGAUAUUAAAAGAAGUCCUCGAGGGCUUGGACUAUCUGCACAGAAAUGGACAGAUUCACAGGGAUGUGAAAGCUGGGAACAUACUACUUGGAGAAGAUGGAUCUGUUCAGAUUGCAGAUUUUGGAGUGAGUGCAUUCCUAGCCACAGGGGGGGACAUGACGAGAAACAAAGUACGAAAGACCUUUGUUGGAACACCGUGCUGGAUGGCGCCGGAGGUGAUGGAACAGGUUCGAGGCUAUGAUUUCAAAGCAGAUAUAUGGAGUUUUGGGAUUACAGCCAUAGAGUUAGCAACAGGCUCUGCACCCUAUCACCGCUACCCUCCCAUGAAGGUUUUAAUGCUUACUCUACAGAAUGAUCCGCCCACUUUAGAGACGGGUGUAGAAGACAAGGAAGUGUUAAAAAGAUACGGCAAAUCGUUUAGAAAACUAAUAACUAUGUGCCUUCAGAAGGAUCCUGCCAAAAGGCCUACAGCUGCAGAGCUUUUGAAGUGUAAAUUCUUCCAAAAGGCCAAGAACAAAGAGUAUCUGGUUGAAAAGCUUUUGUGUCGUGCACCAAAGAUUUCCCAGAGAGCAAAGAAGGACCCUGAGCAGAGCUUGGGAAGCCUCGGUUCUGUGUCAGGUUUGGAAAAAAAACCUGACACCACCAGAGCGGUGAGGAGAGUCCCCGGCUCCAGUGGCCACCUGCACAAGACAGAAGACGGAGACUGGGAGUGGAGCGACGACGAGCUGGACGAGAGCAGUGAGGAGGGCAAGGCGGCGGUGAACCAGGGCCGGUCACGAAGGGUCAAAGAUGAGGCCAAAGAUAAUGAGGAGAAUGCCAACAAUGUCCCUAUUGAAGGGUUGUCUAUUCAGCAUCCCCAGGUUGAACCGUACGGGAACACACCCUACAUUCAAGGGGCUGUGAACAUGGUGCUACGGCUAAGGAACUCCAGAAAGGAGCUGAAUGACAUCCGGUUUGAAUUCACUCCGGGGCGAGACACCGCCGACGGUGUUUCCCAGGAACUGUUCUCGGCCGGCCUGGUCAACGGGCACGAUGUUGUUGUUGUUGCUGCUAACCUUCAGAAGAUUGUAGAUGACCCAACUACCUACAAAGUAUUGACCUUUAAGCUGGCUUCCGGCUGCGACGACACAGAGAUCCCAGACGAGGUGAAGCUGAUCGGCUUUGCACAGCUAAGUGUUAGCUGAUGCUCUCUUCAUGCCUGAAGCAGGUGAGACAGUGGGGAGACAGUUCAGGGCAGACAGACUGAGGAACACACCACCACUUCCUGCAACAUCUUCCCCAACACCCUCCCUGAAAACUCACCCCCCUUCCUCCCUCACUCUUUCUUCACCUCCCCUGAGCCCAAGCUCGGCCACCGCCCCACCUACACCUCCUUAGCGCCGACUCCCCUGCUCACUGUUCCCUGACCUUUAACCUUUACAACAUUCCACCGCCUAGCGCACAGACCGGGAUCAGGAUACAGCCCAGGAACCUAAAGAUGUACUCAGGUGGUGACAGAAGGUGAUUUAAGAUGUAGCUUUGAAUGUUUUUAUUUAUUUUUUCUUUUCUUUUUCUCAUUUUUUUUUGUUUUACAUCACAUUGCCUUUGUGUUCUGAAAAGCUCUCAUUAUUUAUUCAAAUGAGAAGGUAUUUUUAAGUUGUUUCUCACGCUGGUUUGUUGCCACAGCGUAAACAAAUUGACUUGCAUCUCACAAACACGCUCAUUUGUGGUGUUUCCCUGAGGUCUUUGUCAGAAUGUAAGAUUUAGUUAAUUUAUGGUGAUAAGCACAUUUUCAUAACAUAAAGAAUGUCUAAAAAAGAGAAUGAGUCGUAUUUCUGUGUCAAGACCUGCUUUACACUGACAAGAAGGGAACCAUUCGCUUGAGAGUGCAGAAGAAAAAAAAAGACGAGACCUGGAUGCUACUGUGUAUAAUUUGCUGCUCUCGACAGUGCUAAUGCUUCAAAAUGUUAGAGGUGCCUUGUUAAUUUUUCUGUGCCUAAGAAAGCCGACAAUGAGUGAGACCACACAAAGAGCAGAACCUGCUGAUUACCAUUUCAGUUCAAGUCAAGUAUUUUAACUUAAUGAGACAAGCUACAAUGCACUUUUGGGCUGAGUGUGUGCACCUGACAGGCAGAUGCUUAGCCCCUGGAGACAAGUUAACUUGUGUGCUUUUGUCAUCAGACAAAUAAAGCAAAAUAGCACCUGCAGUCAUGUAAUCCGCUCUGGUUGACGUGUAUUCAGAUGCCAGGCUAAUCAACAAAAAACACAACAGUUUAAUUUUCUUGCUCUGUCCUGCUGCACUACAAAAACCCUUUGUUCCAAAAAAAUAUAGUAGUGACUAAAAUGUACUGUAUGACAAUGCAUCUGAGGAUGAAACCAAAAGGCAACUAUUGAAAGGGUGACGAGCCAUUUGUUUGUCCAAACAGGUCCAGUAGCUCUAAAUUAUUUUUAAGUAUUGAGGUGGUAAAUAUUAACUUCUACUAAAUGCUUUAUUAUGAAGUAAUUUAUUGUGUUUUCUAUGUACAGUAUGUGUACCAUUUCAGCCUAUUACCCCUGUUCCCUCUCUGUAAUCAGCUGAUGUCAAAUUUCUGACGAGGAGUAACA